AUAAAACGCACUCAAAUCGAAAGCAUUAUAUUUGUUAGAAACGACAGAUUGUUAGUAAAUGCAGAUUAAGGAUAUUUGAAAAGAGACUGUAUAAAAAAUAAGUAAAACAACCCGACGGCGUCGCCGUUUGACCUUUGACGUCAUCGAUUCGAACCCACAUGGUCGCAUUUUCAGCAUGCGUCCAACGCACAGCGGCACCAUGAGUAAAUUAAAAAAUAAGAAACGAAAUUUAGAAGAGAAUGAAGACGAACAGCUGCCCAUCUUUGAUAAGGACGGCGGUAAAGAUGCUCAUCUAGAUGAUGGUGAUGAAGAUCAGGGUGAUCUGUCAGACGGUGAAGAAAGCGUCUUCUCUGGGCUUGAAGAAUCAGGAAGUGAGAGUGAUGAUGAGGAGGAGGAGGAGGAAGAUGAAGAGGAUGGUUCUGAAGAAAAGAGCUCUGACAUAGAGGAAAAUCAAACAGCCGACGGUGAUGGAGACGAUCAGCUGUCUGCCAAAGAAGUCAUCAAACCUCAGACUGAUGGCCAAAAUUCAAAGGAAGAGAAGAAAAAGAAGAAAGCUGCUGGAAAGGAGGGAGGAGAGGAAAGUGUUGCAUCCGUCAGAGACAGCGGCCUCCAGAUUUCCUCUCAGGUGGACGAGUAUGAGCACGACACAUCCGAUGAGGAGGACAUCCGUAACACCGUCGGCAACAUCCCUAUGGAGUGGUACAAGGAUUAUCCCCACAUCGGAUACGAUCUGGAAGGCAAGAAGAUCUUUAAACCAAUCAGAAACAAAGAUGAGCUGGAUGAGUUUCUCGACAAGAUGGAGAAUCCCGAUUACUGGCGCACCGUCCAAGACAAGAUGACGGGGGCUGAUAUCCGUCUGUCGGAUGAGCAGGUGGACCUCGUGCACCGUCUGCAGCAGGGAAAGUUCGGUGACGUCAACUUCAACGAAUACGAGCCUGCGAUUGACUUCUUCUCCAAUGAAGUGAUGAUUCACCCCGUCACCAACAGACCACAGGACAAGCGGAGCUUUAUUCCUUCGCUUAUCGAGAAAGAGAAGGUCGGGAAGUUGGUCCAUGCCAUAAAAAUGGGUUGGAUCAAACCACGCAGACCCAAAGAAACCACCCCGCAAUACUACGACCUGUGGGCCAAGGAGGACCCCAACAGCAUCCUGGGACGCCACAAAAUGCACGUCCCAGCACCCAAGAUGAAGCUUCCUGGUCAUGAGGAGUCUUACAACCCUCCUCCAGAAUACCUGCUGUCAGAGGAAGAGAGACUGGCAUGGGAGCAGCAGGACCCCGAGUACAGGAAGCUGAGUUUCCUGCCGCAGAAGUUUGCCUGCCUGCGGGCCGUUCCCGCAUACUCGCGCUUCAUUCACGAGCAGUUCGAGCGCUGCCUCGACCUGUACCUGUGUCCCCGGCAGCGCAAGAUGAGGGUGAAUGUGAACCCAGAAGACCUGAUUCCCAAACUUCCCAAACCCAAAGACCUGCAGCCCUUCCCAACCACCCAGUCUCUGGUGUACCGUGGACACUCUAGUCUGGUCCGAAGCAUCAGCAUUUCUCCCAGCGGACAGUGGCUUGUAUCCGGCUCUGAUGACUGUACGGUGCGUUUCUGGGAGGUCAGUACAGCACGAUGCCUUAAGACUGUGGAGGUGGGAGGAGCCGUGAAGGGUGUGGCCUGGAAUCCCAAUCCAUCCAUCUGUCUGGUCGCUGUCAGCUAUGAUGAUACUGUUGUCCUGUUGAACCCUGGUCUGGGCGACCGGCUGGUUUGCACCGCUACGGAUCAACUGAUCUCUUCCUAUGAGGAGCCAGAGGAAGUGAUGGAUCAGUCUGUCCAGUGGGCCGUCGCAGAGGGCGAAGGUCACGAGCAGGGUCACCGCCUCAUCCUCAAACACCCCAAGGCCGUGAGGCAGGUGACGUGGCACGGGAAAGGUGACUACCUGGCGUGUGUGAUGCCCGACAAUGGCAGCAGCCUCCAGGUGGUCAUCCACCAGGUGAGCAAACGCAGGACGCAGAACCCCUUCCGCAAGAACAAGGGUCUGGUGCAGUGCGUGUCCUUCCACCCCAUCAGGCCGUAUUUCUUCGUGGCCACGCAGCGCUACGUGCGAGUAUACAACCUCAUCAAACAGGAGCUCACCAAGAAACUGAUGGCCAACUGUAAAUGGAUUUCAAGCAUGGCCAUCCAUCCAGGAGGCGACAAUGUGAUAUGCGGUAGCUACGACUGUCGUCUGGCCUGGUUUGAUCUGGACCUGUCCACCAAACCAUACAAAGUUCUCCGACAUCAUAAGAAGGCUCUGAGGAGCGUGGCCUACCACAGGCACUACCCGCUGUUCGCGUCCGGCUCUGAUGACGGCAGCGUCAUCGUCUGUCAUGGGAUGGUCUACAAUGACUUACUGCAGAAUCCUCUGAUUGUUCCAGUGAAGGUUCUGAAGGGUCACACCAUCACUCAUGACCUCGGGGUCCUCGAUGUGACCUUCCACCCAACCCAACCCUGGGUGUUUUCCUCAGGGGCCGAUGGAACAGUCCGUCUUUUCACCUAGAGAACAAAACGAAAACAUCCCUCCAUUGGGAGCUGCGACCUCGAGUUUUCUAAACCAGAAAUUACACGCCAGUUACGACUCUAUGAGGUUUUUUAGACUUGCUGCUCUCUGAGGACAUUGACAUGUUGCUGGCAGGAAUCAAGCGCCAGAUCUGAUAUUGAACAUGUCAUUAUAAUGUGUUUUGAGCUAUGUUUUGCCUUUUUUUAUGUUAGAAGAAAAUACAUCCAGCCGCUCGUAGAUUCCCACAGGACUCGAGUGCAGCGUUAAAAGAGAGACCGGUGUGGUUUCAAACCCAAAACCUUGUGUACUCGGAAAGGCCCGUUUCCGUAUCGGGCUGUCAGUGCCCCACAGCAAAUCAAGCCCAACUGCUAAUCCUUGGACAAGGAAGCUGAAUUUGAAAUUAAACAAAUGUCCAACGUUGGGCCUUGCCAAAGGAAACAAGACAUGAAACAAAGCUGCAGACGUCUGUCCUUCACUUACACCUCCUGAUGUUUUCUUAAACCGCCUUCUGAAGCGUUUCAUCCAAAAAUGGCGCAACCAUCGAUUCCUACCAGCGUCAACAUGUCGCUUUUUCUUUUUUACCUUUACCUGUUCAGUUGUGAAACCUUUACCAGCUGUAAUUCAGAGACCAGUUACUUUUUAAUUAAACAUGGUG